AUGGGAAGCGCACCAAGCAAGUCGUCAGCGCGGCCGCCCAGUCAUCCCUAUCCUGUGCUGGCCACUAGUGCAGCUCCUCAGCUACCAGUGCUGAUGCAGCAGGUGGUGGAUAUUGAGAAGGAACGUACCAAGCUGCCGAACCCUGGACUCUACGAAAAUGCGCCCAAUGAGCUUAAGCCGCCUGUCAGUCCUGACGCGUUUGACGGCUUUCGCUUUGAUUUUACGCGCAUACUGGGCGCGCGGUGCUCGACAUCGCACUCUUUUUUGAUGGGUACACCCUUGAUACCUGGCGGGCUAUAUCAAUUUGGUGCUAACGUUGUCAUGGGCGACCCCAUGGAUCCCUCGACGUUUCUCAUGAGUAAGAUCACACCGGACGGUUAUCUUGACGCUCGAUGGAAUCACAAACUCUCGGAGAAGUGGAAAAUGCGUGUCAAGUCGCAGCUCAAGAACGAAGAGAACGGCUCUCAAGCGCUUGCCGACUUUGACUAUGUUGGCGAGGACUUUACAUGGAACAUGAAGGUCUCGAAUGGCCCACUACUUGGCGUCAGCUACCUGCAAAGUGUCACGCAAAAACUCGCACUAGGUGGCGAAGCCUACUACCACGGCAAGCACCAGAAAGUGAUCUCGGCCUAUGCGGGUAAAUGGAUUGCGCGCGACUGGGUUGGUAUGGCCACAUAUGGCGCCAUGGGCACGCUGCAGCUUGCGUACUUACGCAAGGUCGGCCGCCGUCUUCGCUAUGGCUCGGAGUUUGUGUACAAUUACGCUUCGGGUGAGGCGCAGACGACCUGCGGUGUGGAGAUGGACCUUGGUCAGACACGGUUUGUGUCUAGCGUGGACUCGACCUUGCGCGUAGCAACAAGCAUCGAGUCUCGUGUGCUGCCCAAUUUUGUGCUUUCGCUCUCAGCUGAGGGCUUUCCGCUCAAAGACGACUUCAAAUUUGGCUACGGUGCACAGAUUUCGUUUUAG